UACAAACCCUCAUCGGACACUCCCCCUCUCUCCCCUCUCUCCGAUGCUCCGCUGCAGCGCGACAAUGGCGGCAACGCUCCGCAAAUCGCCAUUGCAUUCAACGCCUUCGACUCCACCAUCCCCUUCUCUCCCAAAGCCAUCUCCUCUCUCCGCAGAACCGCUUCUUGUUGGGGGAGAAGCGCUUCUCCGCUCCGCGGUUCCCACUCGCUCCUCCCGAGGCUUCCCCAAUUCCUUCUUGUGGUGUUGGGUUCGGCGAGUGGGUUUCGGCUUCGCGAAGCUUCGAGCGGUUUCCGAUGGUGGUGGUUUUGGGGGUCGGGAGAUGGAGCUCCCGCGGUGGUGGUGGAGGAGGAGGGAGGAGGAGGAGGAGGUGGUGGUGGUGAAAAUGGGAAAGAUGGGAGUGAUCGAUCAGUGCUCUCAUGGUAUCUGAUGGCUCUGGAUAAGUAUCCGGUGACAACUAAAGCUAUAACAUCUGCUAUUCUAACUCUUGUUGGUGACUUAAUAUGCCAGCUUCUAAUUGAUCAGGUGUCAAAGCUGGAUCUGAAGCGAACUUUUGUCUUCACUUUGUUGGGUCUUGUCUUGGUGGGCCCCACAUUGCAUAUAUGGUAUUUAUACUUGAGUAAAUUGGUGACUGCGAGUGGAGCAUCAGGUGCAUUUGUUCGCCUUUUGCUUGAUCAGUUCAUCUUCUCCCCUAUCUUCAUUGGAGUUUUUAUGAGUUUACUUGUCACGCUAGAGGGAAGGCCUUCCCUUGUGGUGCCAAAGCUUCAGCAGGAGUGGUUUUCAUCAGUGCUAGCAAAUUGGCAGUUGUGGAUCCCAUUCCAGUUUCUGAACUUCUACUUCGUCCCACAGAAAUUUCAGGUUCUUGCCGCGAACUUUGUAGCUCUUGCUUGGAAUGUUAUACUGUCGUUUAAAGCUCACAAGGAAGUUGUUUUGAAAUAAGGUCAUUUGCUUGGGCAACUGUUUCCACAGAGGGAGCAGUAAAUUGUUGCCAUAAUGGAAGCAUUCGAACAAUCCGCCAAGAUGUUUGAUAAUGUCCUGAUCAUGAUAUUAUAGAGCCUAGAUAAAGUUUCGGGAUCAUUGUACAAUAAAACGUGUAAUUUCCUAUCUGAGCCGUCAAUGGCGACGAUGGAUGUCCAUCCUUUCGUGUAGCCCUGUCUUUUUGCGGAUUGUUUGUCGUUAAGUUAUUUUGGCGACAAUUUGUUUCUUCUGCGAUCGUUUUGUGGACAGCUGGAAUCUUUGGCGAAAUUUUUGCUUUCUUACUUUGCUAUCUUAUAAAAUGCAAAUUCAAUUAUGUGCUAUGUCGUUGUUGCUGUUGUUUUUUUUUAUUUGCUUUGAAGAGUGAAAUCACUUGCUCAUUUCCGAUGUCAA